GCAAAAAAUUACUCACGCCUAUAAAAGCCAGCCCCCUCGGCUAGGGUUUCCUCUUCCGUCCCUAAAGCCGCCGCCGCAUCUCCCAGCCUCCGCGCCUCCGUCGCCGACGCCGCGCCACCGCUUCCUCAGCCAUGGGUAAGGUGCACGGAUCGUUGGCCCGUGCCGGGAAGGUCCGCGGCCAGACGCCCAAGGUGGCGAAGCAGGACAAGAAGAAGAAGCCCCGCGGCCGCGCGCACAAGAGGAUGCAGUACAACCGCCGCUUUGUCACCGCCGUCGUCGGCUUCGGCAAGAAGCGCGGUCCCAACUCCUCCGAGAAGUAGGCGCCGCGGCCGGCUCGCCCCGCCCCGGUUCCUCCUUUCCAUUCUCAGUAUGAUUAUGCUCUUGUCGGUAGUAGUUUCGUUGUGCAAGCAAAGGAAGAACCUUUUGUAGUUUCAGUUUCGUUGUUCGUAUGAUGAGAUGGGAACUUGAGAUGGUAUGUGUACCCCGUUUAAGAUUUUGAGAUAUGAUGAUCUGAGCCCAUAACUUUAUUGUGCUUGUGGUUGCGCGUUUUGGUAUGUGUAUCUGCUGCAAAUAAGUGCCCUGUCAA